GAGGGGUGCGAAUGGAAGCGGAUUGAAGAAACCAUCAGAUUGAGUCAACCUCGGAGACUCAGCACUUUUAUAUACCUCCUUUUUUUUGUUCUUUCCGUUUGCAGUUUUAUUGAACCUUUUCAUUAUUUUUUUUUUAAAAAAAUACAUUUUAUUUCGUGCAUUCUGGAUAAGGUCUUUUUUUAAAAAAAAAUAUAUAUAUAAAAAAAUGUCCCGGCCGAUCUCUUUAAAUUCCCGUUUUCUGCCUCCAACCCACGGAGUUCUGAAAUCUCUCCUGGAAAAUCCAGUGAAACUGCCGCUGCGUGAGGAGGAAGGUUUCAACAAAGAAGAGAAGGAAAAGCAGUUGGAGGAUGAAGCAGCAGGCAGCACGGUCCCACAGUUGGCCUUCCUGGGACCCACGCUGUGGGACAAGACUCUGCCUUAUGAUGGGGACACUUUCCAGCUGGAGUAUAUGGAUCUGGAGGAGUUCCUGUCGGAGAAUGGAAUCCCCCCUAGUCCAUCACAGCAGCAGGAGCCCAGUCAGCACCCACCCCUGCAGCAGCCAGCGGCCUCCCAAGGACCACCCAUGGACCUCAGUAAGGCGAGCACAUCCGUGCACCUGGGCCUCACCCCUCAGAACCUCCUCCAGAGCCCUGUCAGAGCAGGACAGAUACUGCCUCCAACCCGCAAUACACCCAGUCCAAUCGACCCUGAAAGCAUUCAAGUGCCUGUCAGCUAUGAGCCAGACCCUGCUGACCUGGCCCUGUCCAGUAUCCCGGGCCAGGAAAUAUUUGAUCCUCGCAAGCGCAAGUUCACAGACGAGGAACUGAAGCCUCAGCCAAUGAUUAAAAAAGCUCGCAAAGUCUUUGUGCCUGAUGAAAUGAAGGAUGAAAAAUACUGGGCACGGCGCAGGAAAAAUAACAUGGCAGCCAAGCGAUCACGGGACGCUCGCCGGCUCAAGGAGAACCAGAUCGCCAUUCGAGCAGCUUUCCUGGAGAAAGAGAACUCAGCCCUGCGCCAGGAAGUGGCCGACCUCCGGAAGGAGCUGAGCAGGUGCAAGAACAUCCUGUCGAAGUACGAUGCCUGAUGUGAAACCCCCCACCCCCGUAGGCACUGGCACCGAACAGAUGCAAGAUGGACGAGUGCCCUCCUCUAUCAGAUGGCACUCGCCAACCACCCCCCCCCCACCUCCUACCCCCCAAUCAUUCCCUACCACUCCCACCCCUCAGUCCCCACACCUAAUGUUCUGCCACUGAAUAAUGGAAGAGAGACUAAUGGACUUUGUACAUUUGAUUCCGCACGAGCAAAGCCCUGCCUCACUUUUCGAAAAGGGCCCCUGUAUUUUUACCUGAAAAGAAAAGUUGCAUUAAGGUUUCUUGACGGCUGAUCCACUUACCCAUCCCUUCCUUUGGAAUCUGACAUUCUCUCCUGACCCCCCACCCCACCCAGGGCCUCCACCACCACCCCCCCCCAACAUAGAAACGAUUUAUCAAAUAUUAUAUUUCUCAUUUUUGAAAAGGACUCUUAUCAGGAUAUCACUCAGUUUAUCAAUCACCAGAAUGCAAUUAACCAGCCCCUGACUAUUGAACUAUGGGCACCUCACCAGUUUCCUAGACCGCAGCUGAAGUUUCUGGAAAGCCAGUCCUGCCCCUUCUUACCCCCUCCCCCCUCCC